CUUAGGUGACCGAACUGAAACCUAAGAAUGAAUGAACUGUGCAAACACAGUGAAGUCAUAACCUGAGCAGACACCCGCUGUCUCUGUCACACUCAAAAGUGUCAACGUAAGUCUGUUUGUGUGUAAUGAUCAGUGCUAUUUAUAACUGUAUGCUAGUGAAAGCGCACAGAUCGCUCUGACACCCCUCCGCUUGGCUAGAGCCCCUCAUUCCUGCUCAGAGAGGAAAGCAGCACAGAUCCAGACUGACCUCUCCACACAACCUGACCUGGCGCAGACAGCAUGUCUCAGCAUACUCUGAUGUCAACACAGGAGAGGAAAAUGCAGGCAGCUGCUAUCUGUAGAGAGAUCCAUGCCACUGAUGAACUAGCGAUGGAUUUGGGAAGGAAAGUUAGCGCACCGAAGGAGAUCAUGUUGGAGGAGCUUUCCUUGGCAUCAAAAAGGGGCUCUCGUCUGUUCAAGAUGCGUCAGAAGCGCUCAGAGAAAUACACCUUUGAAGGUAUUCAGAAUGAAGCCAACACACAGCACAAUACUGACGCAGUUGCUCCAGGUCCAAGUGCUGAAACGACACACAUUUUAAGCAAUGAAAACUGUCUUGGAGUUGACCAGAUAGCCAAUACACUCAACCCUGAGACUAUUGCCCCAGGUUACGGUGGUCCCUUGAAGGAUGUUCCAGCAGAGAAGUUCAACUGUACAGCAAUGCCCAGAUCCUACCAGUCGCCCUGGGAACAGGCCCUCAUUAGUGACCCCUCUCUGGCCGAAACGCUGGUCACCUGCAUGCCUGAGCCCCAAACCAGACAAGGGAUUCCUCAAUACAAGAGCUUCAACAGGGUGGCUAUUCCAUUCGGUGGUUUCGGGAAGGCACCCAAAGCCCCUGUUAAAUCUUUUGAUGUGAACCCCAGCCUCCCCAGUCCAAGCCCCAAGCCUUCAGCACCUGCUCCGGUCAACCGGCCCACCUUCAACAGAACGGCCUCGGGCUGGGUGACUGACAGCGCCCCUCUCAUGCUUCCCAGCAUCCCCCUUGAGCCCAUUUUAUCCAUGUCUUCCACAUUUAUCCCCGAGUCAGAUGAACUCUGAGUGUUAUCCUUGUUGUUGUGAGCUUCACUGUCACUGACAAAUACACUGGUCAAAUGGAAUUGGUUUGGAAUAAUUAAGAAAGAAAGAAAUCUCUGGCUGCGUUUUUUUUUUACAGUAAAAAGAGUAAUAUUUUGAAAUAGUAUUACAAUUUAAAAGAACCGUUUUCUACUUGAAUAUCUGUUAAACUGUCAUUUAUUCCUGUAAUGUUAAGCUGAAUUUUUAGCAUCAUUACUCCAGUCUUCAGUGUCACAUGAUCCUUCAGAAAUCAUUCUGAUAUUGCUUGCAAAAGAAAGAUUUCUUAUUAUUUUCUAUGUUGAAAACAGCUAUGUUUGUGAACUGUGAUACACUACCCUUAAAAUAUUGAGCAAGGUGAAAUUGAAAGAAAUGUAUAAUUUAGUAUUUUUUAUCAAAUAAAUACAGCCCUUCUGAGCAUAAGAAACAUCUUUAAAAAAUCUGGAAUAUAUUUUGACUAAUACAAAAGGGGUACAAAAGCUGUCACUAGGGUGGUAUCCUUUCAAAAGGUGCACCUGUGUACCUUAUUUACCCCUAAAAAUGCAUAUUAGUACCACAAAGGUGCGUAUUAUUACUUUUUAAAAAGGCACUGCCACAGAGACAUCUUUUAUUUCUGAGAGUAGCACACUGAAAACAUAAGACGCUCAAGUGUGGCUAUUGGUAUAGUGGAUUUCUGUUCUUUGUAUUAUUGAGCUGAUGCCACCCAAAGCCUAGAAGUGCUUGACAUUAUGCUCAUAUAAACCUGUAAAUAUGUAUUUAUAAAGGGCUGACAUUUUUUGGCAUUAACACAAUUUAUUAAAAAAAUGCACUAGUAAAUAUAAAUCCAGCAGUGCAUGGCAUGCCUAUUGCAUGCUUGUGUCAGUUUUUUUACACUAUCAAGGUUAGAGUCUCCAGGGCCGACAAAUUGAAUCUGUUUUCCUGACGCAGCUGAGAUGAGUGAUGAGUCUUGUGCGUUUGAUCAGACAGUCGCUGAUGGGCACAGCUCAUGUCCGUCAACGCUCAACUUCAGCCUCAGCUAUGUCUGUACUCAACAUAAAACACAUGCAAUGCCAGAAAAGUGAAAAUGAGCUGAUAAAGAAGCAGCUUGCUCUCUGGGAUAUUAGACCACGAUUUCUGAGAUCAAUCAUUUUUGAAUAAUUGAAACCUAUUUCUUAUGUGUGAUGCUAGUUUAAUCUAACAUCACUGUUUGUUCU